CGAACCGCCCAGAUGCCGACGAUAAGCAAUCCUGCGGGAAAGGGGGUGUUUCGGUCCGCGCAUGUGCGGCGGCGGAUGUCUGCGCUGCGCGUAUUCCAGGAGAUCAACACUUCCGGCAGCAACGCCGUGUCGUGGAAGGAAUGGAAAGCUUUUUUCAAGGAUGUAGGACUGGGCGUGCAAGAGAAGAUGGCAGAGAUGAAUCGCGUAAAUAUUGAAGUCCGCGCCAAGAUGCAGGAGGACAGAGUGCUGAAGAAGGUCAAAGAGCAAACGCACAAGGUGUCCAAAUCUUCCAAGAAAUCAGUGCCGAAAGAUACUGCUCAGGACGACGGCCCCCAGCGACAACCGCAGACCGGCGUCGCGCAUGAGGCUCAGGAGCCCUUGCCUGCGGUCUGGCAGCGCUUCUACGAUGAGCUCUCCCUGCUGCAGGACGACGAGGGCAAGGAGUACGCUUCUCUCACGGACGAGGAGGUGGGCGCGGUCCGGUCGGCGUGCCAGGCGCUCGGCCUCACCAUGUGCCAGAAGGUCGACGGCGGGCCUGUCACCGUGUACAACUACAGCACGUUCGCCAAGGAGACGCGCAAGCGGCUGCGCGCACUGAAAGAGGAGCGCUUCCUCGAGUUUCCGACCGAGCUCACCGACGUCCAGCGCGGCAUCGUUCACGGCAUCGCCGAGGAGCUCGGCCUCGCCUCCUACGACCGAGGCCAGGGUGAGGAGAAGAGCGCGGUGGUCGCCAACACCAAAGGGUUCGCCGAGAGGAUCCGGACGGAGUUCGCCGCCAUCGAGCUGGGAGGCAGUCGGCUGUACACCGAGGCGUUCUCCCCUUGCCAGCGCCACAUCGUCCAAGCAGUCGCGGACUCUCUGGAUCUUUGGGUGCGCCCGUCGCAGGGUGCCCUGGAGGUGUUCAGCCUCGACGACUUCGGGAAGGGCGUGCGCAGAGACCUGAUGGCGCUGACGGACGGUGCGGAGAUGGCCUUCCAGCCCGCUCUCUCGGAGCAGCAGCGGAAGAUCGUCUUCGCCAUCGCGGAGGACCUGGGACUCGUCGCCGUGGACACCGGCAGCGACGACUGCAGGCAGAUUGCGGUUGGCAACAUGACAAGCUUCCUGGAGGAGGUCAAGGCCAAGCUGCAGCCGCUGAAGCGAGGGCAGAUGCACGCUUUUGCCAAGAGCCUGACGCCUGUGCAGAGCAGUGUCGUGCACAUGGCUGCCGCGCAGAUGGGCCUGUACUCGGAGACGAUGCUGGAGGGCGAUGACACCUGGGUCGAGGUGCACAAGUUGUACCCCGGGCAGACCGCUCCGUACCGGCAACCCCCGCCUCUGCAGAUGAUCGAUGCCGGCAGCCAUGCAGAUGCCCAGCAGCCCCCCCCCGCCGUCCCCGACGUGGCCCGCAGCGUCAGGCGGCGUGGCUCCGCAGUCGGUGGCGCCAGCGCCGCGGCAGCAGAGGCCCGCUCCCAGGAGCCACCAGCGGGCAGCGCCCCCGCCGAGGAGGCCCGCAGCGUGCAGGCGGCCGUGCACGCGGGGGGCUGCGGCGGCGAGGACCAGGAGGAGAGUCUCAUGCAGAAAGCCUUCGACACCUUCGCCACGGGCAACUUCCAGGGGCAGAAGAUCUUCCUUCGCUUUCCAGAUCUGAAGGAGUUGGUGUCCAAGAUCCCGGGGGUCACUAGUGCCAACACGUUUCACAAGUACGAGAAGGAGUUGGAAAGCGCGUUCAAUGACACGAUGCAGCUGCAGAUCGACAUGGACCUGAGGUGCAGCAAAGGCUUGACAUUCCGAUGGUUCCAGGUAUUUAUCCAGGCGGCCAUGCGGAAGAUUGGAAAGAACGCCCUGGCAUUCUUGUUCACACUCGGCCAGAAGCGCGAACCUAAAGCAUGAACCUCGGUGUUGCGUGCGUGUGCUUAGCGCACGCAUUCAAAAAUUUUCCUCCUGCCCUUGAGGCGCAAGCGUGCAGAUCAUCGCGGCCACCAGGCAAGCGACGGCCGGUGACUUUGACGAAUUACUAUCCUUUUCUGUUGUACUGCAUUGUCAGGACUUCAGCUUCAAAUGCGCUUCAAUUGGUCUGCCCUGGCGAGCUCGCGCGCGCUCAGUCGGGGCCCACUGAUGCCGAUUGGCAGAUCGCUAUUUUUUAUGUCUGUCAUGUUCCUCUCCAUCCUCUUCCUCUUCCUCCUCCUUCAAUUCCCGGCCCUGGCACCAGGCCCGUUAUAGGUCUGGUGCCCACCGGGGCCAGGCGUGUCGGCCAGAGGUCCUGAUCGCGCCGUCUUCCUCCUCCUCCCUCCGCUCCAUCUCCGUGCUGACCUGACCUGACGAAAGCCCGCACACGUCGUACCCCUGGGUCGCAGGCGCUGAGAGCGGGCUGAGGUAGCCCGCCUCGCACGCGUGGCCAGCCCCCACCGAGAUAGGUGCGAAACUUGGAGGGUGGAGGAGCAGGUGAAGGAGAACCUGGUCCUCGUCUCUUGGCAUCCUGAUGAGGAGACCUGCAGGUUGCAGAUCGCCCGGCCCGCUCGGUACGUCUUGGUCAUGCGGGUAGCGCGGUGGACCACGUAUCUGGCCCGUAGCGCAGUCGACGCGGUGUUGUGCAUCAGUGGUUUGGCUCACGUGGACAGUGCGGUACCUCGCGGCUUCAGGCUGGCCGGUCGCGCCAGGUGUAACCCAUUUUCUGUUUCUUUUCGCCUUGGUUGCGCAUGGGAGGCGUCCUUCAAUUGAAGCUCCUCGCUCUGUUCCCACUCGCGCAGCCUUAGAGGCGCUGAUUGAGCGUCUGAGCGGAUGAGCACGCAUAAAUAUGGUCCAAGCGUGCGAACCAGAGAUAUACCCCUUCUUGCUGAUUAGCUGCUCGAUCGCCCAGGAUUUCGAACACGUGUCCCGUCCUACUGCCAUUUCGCGAAGCGGCGAGCCAUUGCCGUUCGCAUGGUGGCGCCGCCGAUGGCCUCCAGAUUCGCAGGCUUAAUGGAAACUGGC